AUGGCGAGACUACCCUCAGUCCACUGCCAAGCUACACUGGUGAAGUACCAUUUUGGUGACAAGAUCACUCUAUCGGUGCUUGCAAUAGAAGUCACUUGGCAAGAAAGACUGGGAGGUGUCGGUUUCAAUUCCUAUCCUAAACAUGACAGGGGAUCCAGAGAUUGCCAAUCCCUUAAUGGGGACCACCUCCUCAUCAUCACACAGAAUGAAGAAGACUUCUGCAGAUUGAGGAAGAACAAGGCAGAUUGCCAUUUCAAUUACGAGGGGAUAGAAGUCAAUGUGGAGGUUCUUGUAAAGGAGGACCUGGGAAAUUUGGAUCCCCUCUCAGUGACAUUCAACUUCAAUUUUCCUUACAUGAAUUUGAGCUCACCACUUCACACCUUCAUCCUGUGUGAUGAUGAGGAGGUGGUCCCCAUUCAGGGAUUGGCAAUCUCUGGAUCCCAUGUUGUUUUUAGGAUAGGAAUUGAAACUCACAACUCCCAGUCUCUGGAUAACAGGAAAACCAUCUAUAUGUUUGGUUACUUGGAAGGAAAAAUGGGAGAAAAAAGAUAUCAAUUCCUCAGGACAAGUUAUGUGCCAAAUCGGGACAUUGGACCUUGCCCCAAGCCUCCCCCAUCUACCCCUGGAGGGAUUUCAGAUCUGCAUUCAAAAAUAUCCCUGCUGUCAGGGCUACAGAUGAACCUGGAGAGGUGCCAGAUGGACCUGGAUUCCCGUAUGGAAAGUAUUGUAAUCAUGGCAGGAAUGGGCUACCAUGCCAUGAGAUUCCCUUGUGAUGAAUGGUGGAUCCAGGAAUAGGUGACCUGUACUCAGAUCCACUAUUAUGAAAAUAAUAAUUUAUUAGCUGUUGGUAUUCUUGGAAUUUCUUCAUCAGGUUCAGCCAAUCCAACAGAUACUCUUGUGUAGCACACUGUGAUUACUCCAACAGGUGUGCCUUCAGGGAGAGUGUCUAGUGUCUCUGGUGCCAUUUGCUUUCCUGAGCAUGUUGAAUUUUCUUUAUCCAACCUGUUCCUCUCAUUUUUAUACAAGUCUUUUGCCUUUCUACAGC